CGGUAUCGGAAGUUAGUCCCGUCAGAGGGGCCAGUUUCAUGGUUUUGUUGAGAUGAAUCUAACUUGGGGAACAAUUUAAAAACCUUGUUUAAGACACUUACUGAUCAUGUGCAGUCCUUGACACGAAUAUCCAUCAUGGCAAGGAUUGGGGAUAUUAUUCAUUUGAAUGUCGGUGGAAAGAGGUUCAGUACUUCUAAGCAGACGCUGACAUGGGUUCCCGACUCCUUUUUCUCAAGUCUCCUAAGUGGUCGAAUAUCGACUUUGAAAGACGAAACUGGAGCAAUAUUCAUAGACCGCGACCCAUCACUUUUCGCUCCGAUUCUCAACUUCCUCCGAACCAAAGAACUGCACCCCAGGUCUGUGGAUGUGCACUUAUUAAUGCACGAGGCUGAGUUCUAUGGAAUUACUCCCUUGGUGCGUAAGCUGCAGCUGUGCGAUGAGCUGGAUCGCUCCUCGUGUGGGACGGUGCUCUUCAAUGGCUAUCUUCCUCCUCCAGUGUAUCCUGUGAAGAGGCGUAACCGGCACAGUGUGGCAGGCCCUCAGUUCAUGGGGGGCCGAUCAGGCCCCGUGGAGCGGGCGCCGGUGCGCCGCAGCAACACCAUGCCACCCAACCUGGGCAACGCCGGCAUCCUGGGCAAAGCCGCCAUGGAGGAGAGAAUGCUAGUCUCUGGUUCCGGGGCCGACGCAGGGAUGGUGCGCAUCGUCUGUGGUCAUCACAACUGGAUCGCCGUGGCAUACGCCCAGUUUGUGGUCUGCUACAGGAUGAAGGAAUCGUCAGGUUGGCAGCAGGUGUUCACCAGCCCCCGGCUGGACUGGGUGAUCGACCGCGUGGCGCUGAAUGCCAAGGUCAUGGGCGGCUCGCUUGGGGACAACGACAAGAUGGUGGCCGUGGCCGCCGGCACCGAGAUCAUCCUGUGGGCCAUCUGCCCUGACGGCAACGGCAAUGAGAUCGGUGUGUUCAGCUUGAACGUGCCCGUGGAAGCCCUCUUCUUCGUGGGGAACCAGCUCAUCGCCACCAGCCACACGGGCAAGGUGGGGGUGUGGAACGCCGUCACCAAACACUGGCAGAAUCAGGACGUGGUUCCCAUCAACAGCUACGACACGGCCGGCUCCUUCCUCAUCCUGGGCUGCAACAACGGCUCCAUCUACUACAUAGACGUGCAGAAGUUUCCUCUGCGGAUGAAGGACAAUGACCUGCUGGUGACGGAGCUGUACCGAGACCCCAGUGAGGACGCCAUCACGGCCCUCAGCGUCUACCUCACGCCCAAAACAAGUAUUAUGAAAUGUGACAGCGGUAACUGGAUAGAGAUCGCGUACGGCACCAGCUCCGGUACGGUGCGUGUGAUAGUGCAGCAUCCAGAGACCGUCGGCUCCGGACCGCAGCUCUUCCAGACCUUCUCCGUCCACCGCAGCCCCGUCACCAAGAUCAUGCUCUCCGAGAAACACCUGAUCUCAGUGUGUGCGGACAACAACCACGUGCGUACCUGGACGGUGACGCGCUUCCGCGGGAUGAUCUCCACCCAGCCGGGCUCCACGCCACACUCCUCCUUCAAGAUCCUCUCACUGGACGACAUCGACGGACACGCGGGUUGUGCCGCCGGCAUCGAGAUUGGUCCGUACGGGGAGAGAGACGACCAGCAGGUGUUUAUCCAGAGAGUGGUACCCGACACAGACAAGCUCUACGUCCGUCUCUCGUCCAACGGAAAGAGGGUGUGUGAGGUGCGCUCGGUGGACGGCACGUCCAUCACGGCCUUCAUGGUGCACGAGUGUGAGGGCUCCAGCCGGAUCGGCUCGCGACCGCGACGCUACCUCUUCAGUGGCCAUGGCAACGGCAGCAUCCAGAUGUGGGACCUGACCACCGCCAUGGAGAUCGCCGGGAAGGUGGACAUCAAAGCGCUGGGCGGGCCUACGGAGGAGGAGUUGCUUGAGUUGCUGGAUCAGUGUGACCUGGCCUUGACCCGCACGCCUGACAUGAGUCCAGCUGCCUCUCUCACACACUCCAGUACACCACGCACAUCUACCUGCAGUCUGGUGUCCCAGGCCAGUGAGCGUGGGGUUCUCCUGCGAGGAGUCGCUGCUUCUCUGACGGGCAGCCUCCCCCGCCAGGCCCCCGCCCCCCUGGUGCCCUUCUGCCGCCCCCCCCAGGGGCAGGGCCAGGCUCUGGGUCUGAGCCAGGCGUCUCUGAGCGGCAGCAGCGUGGGGGGGGGCAGCCCCCUCCCCUCCCGCGGCCCCAACGACGCCCUGCGGCGGGGCAGCUUCGCCGAGCGCUGCCAGGAGAGGGCCAAGGGCGCGGAGGCCGCGGGCAUGGGCGUGUGUGUGGACGCGGUGGUGGCGGGCAGGCGCAGCUUGGCCGUGUCCAGUGAGCUGGAGGCGCGUCUGGGGCUCCGGUCGCCACCUGCCCUCCCCUGUUCAUCCCCCUCUCAUCCUCCUCCUCCACACCCACACCCUCCGUCUCCGGCAGCAGCAGUGGGGCCUUCGUCAUCCGCAUCAUCCUCUUCCUCAGGAGCCUCUAUGAGGAGGUCGCCGUCGAUCGUCUCGUCUGGAUCAGGCCCCGCCCCCGGCCCCGCCCUCAGUCCGACUCGCUCCCAGACCCCCGUCUCCCCCCUGCGCCAACCCGGCCCCGGCCCCUCCCCCAGCACAGAGGCCCCGCCCAGUGAUGCCACCAGCCCCGCCUCUGACAGCCUAGUGUCGCCCCCGGCAACCACCCCUAAACCGCACAUGAAUGAGACGAGCUUUUGAUUGGCUGGAUGCAUCCUUUUAGUGUGUGUGUGUGUGAGAGAGAGAGAGAGAAGUACAGAAAGUGAAUCUUCAGAUUACAGGAACUUUUAAAGACUGUGAUCGCUAAACGUCUUCCAUGAAGUCUUAGCAGUUUUUUUCAAGGGCUUUCCAACCAUAGCUUUACCACGAGGGGGGGGACAAAAAAGGUUUUCUGAGUUACUGUUUUUUUAUUGUUUGUAACAUUUCUGUAUUCUUUGUUCUAAGACGAAUUCACUCAUUCCCAAUCUCCCUGGCCCUCACUGCUCCUUACAUAAGCAUUCCCAGAUCUCCACUCUUUUGGCCAGUUUGAUAUUGGAGCGUGCUUGGUUUUCCGCGAUGAAUGAAUGUCGGCAUUUAAGUGUUUGCACAAGGAAAACGGAGAGAAACUCAUUCCAGGGUGUCUGAUUGCUGGCCGUCGGCUAUUGGCCUCAUGUUAAGCCCACGCGCACACACACACACACAGAGGGACAUGAGAAGAGUUACUGUACUGAGUGGCUCUGUCAGAACCGACCCGAGGGGGGGCACCAGGGACCUAAUCCUGACCCAUAGAGUACCAGAGUCCAGAACCAUUCCCAUGAAACCCAGCUCCUCUGCGAGUAUCACAUAUCAGUGUUGAGAGGGUUUCACAUGGUCGGACCCCAACGUUACUGUCAUCCAGACCGGGUUGAUUUCAGCAUUUGCCAUUUUUGUGAUAUUCGUUACAAGAAGCUUAUCUAGACUUGAUUGUCAUUUUGCUUAGCUUGACCAUAUUUUAUAACAGGAUCAAAUUCGUUAGUUCUUCCAUCAUACAACAACAGGAGCUAGUUAUUGGCUGUGCAUAUCCAGAGGUAGUCUCACACUGUUAAGAGAACAGUCCUGACCUCUGACCUCAGCCACACACACACACACACACACACACACAAACACACACUGUAAGGGACUCCUCGCGCAUAUCUCUUAGUGAUCAAACUUCUGAGUAUACGUAACUAUAGCAGAGUUAUUUAAUGUGACUGGCUCGCAUCGCUGUUGGACGGUCACCAGGGAGAUCAGGGUUCACAUUCACUCAUCUGUACGUUCGCAUUCGUCCGUGCUGGCUAGACUGAUCCUGGGCCAGCUAUACUGACGUGUGUGUGUGUGUGUGUGUGUGUGUGUGUGUGUGUGGGGGGUGCGUCAAGUGGCUCUGAAGGUGUGUUUGAGUGCCUUUCUGAGGAUACCAACACUGCCAAUUAGGAUUGUGUGUGUGUGUGUCCUCCCCUUAUAUCCGAGUUGAUCAGAGUUCUAUGGUGGCCUUGGUGGGCUGCAUAAGGGUUCCGUGCACACUGGAGUCUCCUAGACAGCCAGAGACUGGGAACCGAAUGCAGGCCACAUCCGAACCGGUCUGAGCCGGUCUAAGCCCACGCUCUCUUCAGGGAGUUAAAGUCACUGUUGUCAUUCAGAGCAGCAACACUGUCGCGAUGCACACACACCGCGAUCCGUGCGUGUGUGUGUACCGUGUCUGGUUUCACACUGUCGCGAUGCACACACACCGCGAUGCGUGCGUGCGUGUGUGUGUACCGUGUGUGGUUUCACACUGUCUUCUCCGCUGUUUUGUUCUGGUGUUGAUGUAUGUAAUGCUCAACAUGUUUAUUGGUCAGACUGCAUUUCUCAUGGCUCUGUUUAUGAAUUUUUUUGGGAAACCUUGUAUCGAGUCCUGCUGCCAGGAGAUGUGUGACACUUGCAGGCAGGGCCCCCUCAUGCAGUGUGUGUGUGUGUGUGUGUGUGUGUGUGUGUGUGUGUGUGUGUGUGUGUGUGUGUGUGUGUGUGUGUGACGUGUGUGUCAUUAACAUUGUUUAUUGCUCUUGUGUUUGUGUGUGUUCCAUUCCAUGUAUUUGUGCUGUUGUGCAAGGAAUAACUGUGUCAUGGAGGUGUAAUAAGAUGACUGAGCUCUCUAGAUCACUGGACACUCUCAAGAGAAACAUGCAGAACAAUAUCGUGAAGACAUGACAGCAGGUGUGUGUGUGUGUGUGUGUGUGUGUUUGCAGAAUGUUGUUUUAAGUCGUAUAGUGUUACUGGUCUAAUGUCUUCCAAAAGAAUUUAAUAAUAAAAAACUAUACACGUGUGUUUGUGUUAAAAGAGCUUUCUGUAGCCCGGACACCAAGCGUUAUAACGUUACACUUUAUACUUUAUAAACCAGCUCGUAUUAUUAUAGUAUACUCUGUCAGUAGGCAUGGCUCGCUAUGUUCAGAAUCAUUGUACGUUAGCCAAGGCUAUCGCGAAAACAAGAGGUGAGUGUCUAAAACUGGCGAAAUUACACCUCAGUAAUCCGUCGACUGUCAUAAAAUGUAAUUAACUCUUCUAAAAUGGCUGAAUGGUUUCUAUUUGAUGAGAUAGAGAAAUAGCUAGUAAGUAAGGGUGGGCAUGAGUAAUUUAUUUGGACGCCAGUAUCCGUUCAACAUAUAGAGUGAUGGCGUUUGUAAAUUGAGUCAAUUUAGAGUCGAACUUGCCGUUUCUGUCAUUGCUUCAAACUGGUUGUUGCCGAGGCAGUAAGCACCCGUGGCCUAUGAGAUAAAGGGUGCUGUCGCUCCUUGGGUGUGACUGAUAGCAGUGUUAGUAUGAUGCGUUAGCCAGUUCUACUUGACAUCUCUCACUGGUUGUGUGUCUGAAAUACUCGCGGCUAACCCGGCUACACACUACCACAGAGUAUGAAUGCGAGUACUGGAAUGUCGAAAUGACUUAUAAUGCCCAAACCUACAAGUAGCCAUGAUCAGCUCAAGCUCAAUGCUUACCUGUUCAGGAGAAAAUUUGCCAACUCUGCAUCAGUCUUAAUCGCACAGGCCCAAAACACCAACAGACCGUCCGCUCCGGAACAUUUUAAAAGGAGAAUAUACUGACUGUGUAGCAUUGUUGUCGGAGAAGCCAGAUUAGCAUGUUUCCUUAAUCUCUGAUGACAUAUGUAUAUCAUUUUAUGAUUUAGAGCAGGAAAUGUAUAACAUACUGGUCCUUUUAAGAGGUGUUGCAUCUAGAACAUUCUGCAGUCUUCCAGAAAUCACAUGACACAACACAAAAUGUAAUUUCAAAAAAAGCAUUUUACUCAGAGAAGUAGAAAUAGCUGGCAGCGGUGUCUGCACAGAGACACAGGAUCGCCGUACAUGUACAUGUGUGUGUGCUCAGUAAAAGUCAAAAGCCUGUUCCCGUAAGCAUACUACCACCAGUGACGGCAUUCGGCUCUACGUGAUCCUCUUACAGACACACACACACACACACACACGCUGAUCACAGCUUUGCCUUCACCUCAGCAGACACCUCAUGAGAACAUCCAGUCAUGGAUACAGAACAAGUGUGUCGAUGUGUCGGUCAGCGUCAUUAGCGGCCUAGAUAGGAGAGGAGUGUGAAACUGAUCCGUUUCACACACACACUGCUUCUCCCUGGACUGAGAUACAGUGCAGUGUGCCAUUGUGUCAGUUUCUUAAUCAGUGCCAAUAAUAGGAGCUGAGUCUAGAACCAGAUGCUGUCUCCGCUACAGGGGAAUGAGUCUAGAACCAUAUGCUGUCUCAACAGCUACAGGACAGUGCGUCAAUGAGUCUAGAACCAUAUGCUGUCUCAGCUACAGGACAGUCGUGAGUCAAUGAGUCUAGAACCAGAUGCUGUCUCAACAGCUACUGGGGAAUGAGUCUAGAACCAUAUGCUGUCUCAGCUACAGGACAAUGAGUCUAGAACCAUAUGCUCUCUCAACAGCUACAGGACAAUGAGUCUAGAACCAGAUGCUGUCUCCGCUACAGGAUCGUGCGUCAAUGAGUCUAGAACCAUAUGCUGUCUCAACAGUCUAUCAAAGUGUCGGAAUCCUAUUUAGUACCGGAUCUGGAGUUGAGUCUAGAUCCAGUUGCUUGCUAUCCCAUCAGUCAACAGUGUAGUGUGUCAAUGAGUUAAAAUGCCAAUCAGAGUUCUGUCUGGACCGCUACAGGACAGUACAGUGGAUUAAUGUGUCAGCCUGGUAAUAAUCAGAGUACAGAACCACAGAGUGGACCCACACGCGGCCCGGAUCAGAGUGUGCUACAGUACUCAGGUACAGCUACAGUGUGGUGUGUCGAUGAAUCAGUAUGGUCAUCAGUACUCAGAGAACAGCUACAGUUUGGUGUGUCGAUGAAUCAGUAUGGUCAUCAGUACUCAGAGAACAGCGGGGCUUGAGAAUGAAGUGGUCGGCACUGACUCCUUAGUCAGCGCAGUUUGUCAGAAUGUUCAAGUGUGUUCACAUCCUGAUCAUUGUGCAGAGGCCGUAGCACUGAUAUAUAAAUACUCUGAAUAAAUAAUCCAGUGAUACAAAAAUAGCUCUUCAGUAUUAAAAUGCUUUGCAGCUUCACCUUACAAAUGUCAGUUUAGUGCAUUCAGUUUUUUUUUUUUUUGUUGAUGUUUUAAUUUAAUAAUUUUUUUUUACUUAAAUAAAGUUAGAAAAA